GAGCCCCGUUUUGGGAGCCGAGCGCGGCUGCUCGGGUUUCAUGCCAAAGGGGGUGUGGGGGGGUGAGCCGGUGGCGCUGUGCGGGAGAGCGUUUACGGCGGCCCCUGCCUGAUGCGCGGGAUCCCGCCCCCCUCAUCCCUGCGCCCCGCGUCUGCCGGGACACCGCGCAUAUGGACCCGAAAUAAAGGCUCCUCCGCAUCUGCCCGCACAUGGGCUGCCGGCCUACUAGGCCUUCCAGACGUCUGCCCCAGAAGCCCUCCGCCUUGGCAGCCCCGGCGAUCCACCUGGUAGGCAGUUGGAAGAAAAACCAUCUCUUGCUGGACUGCUCCGUGUAUUCCUUCGACUGAAGUUGUGAGCGCGUUGCCAAAGGAAGAAAGACAGCCGUCGCUCCUGGGGCCUCGUGCGGCCUUUGCCCCGGCGAAGUGGAAUGGGUGUGCUCCCUCCCGCCUCGAGACAGAGUAACAAGGCCGACAAAACAGUUUACGUAUGUAACGAGUAUCAAGAAGCGGCUCCAACCGGAGGUGUGAGAGAGAGCCUUGGAAGGAAGCGAGAGAAGGAAGGCCCCUCUGAAAACGUGCGGUUUGCGUUGAGACCCGAACGAUAAGGAUUGUCCAGGCUGGGGAAACCCAUGUCCCCAGCCAAAAGGAAAAACAAGUCCUCGGGGAGAAGAAGCAAGUCUCCUCGGAGUAAGAGAAGCCGAAGCCCUCACCACUCGACAGUCAAAGUGAAGCAGGAACGCGAGGAUCAUCCCCGGAGAGGACGUGAAGAACGGCAGCACCGGGAACCAUCGGGCCAGGAGCACAGGCGGGCUAGAAACAGUGACCGCGACAGACACAGGGGCCAUUCCCACCAGAGGAGAAGCUCUAACGAGAGGCCUGGGAGUGGGCAGGCUCAGGGACGGGACCGAGACAUUCAGAAUCUACAGGCUCAGGAUGCAGAGCGGGAGUUUUACGAUGCCCGACGACGAGAGAAUCGCCAGAAGAAUGAAGUUAAUGCCGGUGGUAAGGAGUCUCAGGAGUUGGUUCCUCGGCCUGGUGGCAACAGUAAGGACAAAGAGGCACCCGCUAAAGAAAAGCCAAGCUUUGAACUUUCUGGGGCACUUCUUGAGGACACUAACACCUUCCGGGGUGUCGUCAUUAAAUAUAGUGAGCCCCCAGAGGCACGUAUCCCCAAAAAACGAUGGCGCCUCUACCCUUUUAAAAAUGAUGAGGUUCUUCCUGUCAUGUACAUCCACCGGCAGAGUGCCUACCUCCUGGGCCGGCACCGCCGCAUAGCGGACAUCCCAAUCGAUCAUCCCUCCUGCUCCAAGCAGCACGCAGUCUUUCAGUAUCGGCUUGUGGAAUAUACCCGUGCUGAUGGGACAGUUGGCCGAAGGGUGAGGCCCUACAUCAUUGACCUUGGCUCAGGCAAUGGAACGUUCUUGAACAACAAGCGUAUUGAGCCACAGAGAUACUAUGAACUAAAGGAAAAAGAUGUACUUAAAUUUGGGUUCAGCAGCAGAGAGUAUGUCCUGCUUCAUGAGUCCUCUGACACCUCUGAAGUAGACAGGAAAGAAGAUGAGGAUGACGAGGAGGAGGAGGAAGUAUCUGACAGCUAGCAAACUAAGAAACAGCCCAAACUCUUGAGACCCUUUCUUUCUUUAAAGGUUUUGGGAUUGACUCAGAGCACCAUGGUGCUCUCUGUAUUGCCUCUUAUUGCCUUAAGUCUUUCCUCUGUUGCUGACCAUCUUAUGUUAUAGUAUAAGAAAACUGACUUCUGUUUGGUUGAACUUUUUUCUGUGGCACAUCAGCCCCUUGCCUGUGGGCAUUUGUUUUCAGAACAGUGUCACCAACACAUUGUGUUUCAGUAGAAGCAUUGUGGCUUUAGUUGGUGCUUUCAGAACUGCCGCCUAGGAAACUACAAACCCUUGGUUCAAGGGGCAUUGUGGCUUGUUCUCUUUGUACAGGUACUUUAUUUAUAUAGUUGUUAAGCUCUGUGGACUGGGUUUGUUUUUGUUUGUGGGGCAAACCCCUGAACAGAGAAUCCUAUACUAAGCUUUGGUUGUCACCAAAACAGCCUCCAGUAUAUACCAAAGCUUUGACCUGGUUGAGCUCUUGAGUCACAGAAGUUGAUUUUGCACUUCAUUUUUUGGGGGGUGGGAAUUUACCACAUGACCUCAUUAUUGACUAUUGGACUUAAACAAAUGCUUUAUGGAAACUGCUUAAGCAAACGACUGUACAGGAAGGAAGAUCCUGGCUACUGCCAGUGGGUGGUGAUUUAACAUCGCAAGAGGCCGAAAUGGGUCAUGGAUCUGUUUCCUUGUGAGACAAUUCUGAUUUUUCCAUAGAGCAUGUGCAUAACAAUUUUGAUCAUCUUAUCUGUUCAACUUUGAUUUUUAUUCAAACAUUAUCUCUUUCCUCUUUUCAAAACAGUGGCAUUUAUGUAGCAGGGUCCUUGUUUUAUUCUAACAGCAUUGUAUAUGUGUAAAGGAGGUUGUGUAGUUUACACAUUUCAUCUUUUUAAAAAAUGUUCAGAGAGGUUGUAUUUACCUUCCCAAGGCCGGAAAGCAAGGGAGUUGCCCUAUUUCCUAAUUUCCCAUCAGAGGAAUAUGUGUAAGUAGCAAAGUCGUAACUACUUACAUAUACUGUGUGUGUGUGUGUGUGUGUGUGUGUGUGUGUGUAUACAUAUACAUAAAAGUGUGAGUGAAAGAACUGCAUAUACUGAUUUUCAUACAAGAAUGUUUUGUGAUGUAAAUGUAAUACUACAUCAUAGGCGAAGGCCUCCCUGCAUUUGAAGAGCAGGUUUUCAUUUAUAUGUAUUUUUGGGAUAAAAAAUAAUAAAAUUUGUAAAUAUA